AUGGCAAAGAUUUCGGAGUUUGAAAGGCAGAGACAGGAAAAUAUCCAGCGGAACAAGGAGCUCUUGAAGCUGUUGAAUUUGGACUCUCUUUCUCAACUGAUUAAGAGAGAGCUUCCCAGAGCCAGCGAGACCAAAAAAAGGAAAACAACUCCAAGAACAAAAGCUGUCAAAAAAGAGGAUGUCGAACCGUCAAGAAGAUCACGCCGGAUUGCCGGAAUCAAGUCGGAAUUGGAAAACCCGGAAGAGUACAACCACAAAAAACUGGGGAGUUUGAAAUUUGAAGAUAAAGUCAUCAAAUCCGAUUCGACUGAACCAGAAGUGAAGCAAGAAGAGAAAGAAGAACUAAGCGAAGACAUCAAAAACGAUAAUAAAGUACUCCAUAGAUUGCAAGCUCUUGGAGACAAGUUUUCUGCUGGAGAUUUCUUUGAUAUAAUUCAAAAGAAUCCCAUCCAGUACGACGAUAAAGUAUUACAGUCGACUCGGGACGAGUUUGAUAAGUUGAAGAUCUACGAGAAACACAAUCCUCUCGAUAUCAAGAUCUCACACACCAGGAUCACAGCUAUCAAUUUCCACCCUUCAACGACUGAUAGAGUUGUGGCUGCUGGAGACACUAAUGGUAAUGUGGGAAUCUGGGCUGUAGACUCGGGUGAGGACGAUUCCGAGCCUACCAUAUCGAUUUUAAGACCUCAUGGUAAGGCUAUAUCUCGUAUCUUGACUCCUGUAGCUGAACAAAAUAAGCUAUAUUCGGCUUCAUAUGACGGUUCUGUUAGAGUGUUGGAUUUGAACAAGUUGGCGUCGACAGAAGUGGUGUAUCUUAAUGAUCCAUACGAAAACGACGAUUAUGCCUUGGGAGUUUCCGAUAUCAACUUCUGUGCCUCAGAUGCCAAUCUCUUAUACAUGACAACAUUAUCCGGAAGUUUCCAUAAGCACGACAUUAGAACGCCAUUCAAACCUCUCAAAAGCAAAGAUAUACUUCGUUUGCAUGAUAAGAAGAUCGGUUCUUUCUCUAUCAAUCCUAACAACACCUAUCAAAUAGCCACAGCUUCGUUGGAUAGAACCUUACGUAUAUGGGACUUGAGAAACGUCUCGAAAGCCAAUGCCGAAUGGUCAGAAUUUGAAAACCAAAUCUCACCGCAUUUAUAUGGUUCAUUCUCAUCAAGGCUCUCGGUGUCUUGUGUGGACUGGAAUAGCGAAAAUCGACUCGUCUGCAAUGGUUAUGAUGAUUAUAUCAACAUCUUUGAUUUAAACGAAGAAUCGCUUAUUCCGGACAAUUUGAAAGCAUUCAACAAAAUCAAACACAACUGUCAAACUGGUAGAUGGGUGUCGAUUCUUAAGUCCAAAUGGCAGGUUGCUCCAGAAGACGGUGUGCAGAAGUUUGUCAUUGCCAAUAUGAACCGAGCUUUAGAUAUCUAUGAUCAAAAGGGUCAGAUAAUAGCCCACUUAACAGACUCUGUAGGAGCAGUUCCAGCAGUCUGUGGAUUUCAUCCUACAAAGAAUUGGGUUGUAGGAGGAAGCGCUAGCGGAAAGGUGUACCUAUUUGAAUGACCUUUGAGGUUAACUUUGUUAGAUGAAGGUAACCAGACUGACAAGUCUACACAAUCUCGCAACUACAGUAGAAACAAUUAAUAUACACGUUUUUUACUUG